AGGGUCGCUCGGAACGUAUGGUGUGCCUACACUGACGCUACUUCUCAAUAGGAAUGUGCUGUUUUAUUCUUGACACGUCGACAUCUCUGCACCGAACAUUUAAAAAUUAUUAAAUAAAUAUAAUGACUUUGAACUCGUGUGUCAGUGAAAAUAUAUGCUCUUGCAAGUGAAUUGCAAUGUUGUAUAAGAUCUCGUGAUAAAAAUCAUACGUCGUCUUAUAUAGCAGACGUUAUCUCAAGUUUCAGUGCAAGUUUGACAUGCUCCUCUAUGUCCAAGUAUCACAGAUAUGAUUUUUUUAAAUAAUUUUCUAGAAUCUUAUAAUUGAACAGUGUGCUUCACGAGCAAUGUGCUAAAUGAGAUUUAACGGGAAUAAAUUAACUGUCCAUCAAAAACUAAUGACAAUUUUUUCUAAGAAUGAAGCUUAUUCAACAUGACAUUGCACGCUAUUUAUAUAUUUUAUUUAUUAUCUCUGCUAUUGCCAAAACGUUUGCCCAAGAUUUGCCAAACGUUCAGGAGAAAACGAUUCACUUGCCAGAAACAAAAUUUAAUUUUAACGAAUAUUCCGAAUAUCCAGAUAAUACGGACAAAGUCGUAGGACCUCUGGCACCGCAAUGGAAUCAAAUACUUUCUUCCAAUCGUAAUUUACAGAUACAAAAUGUUAAUAGUAUCGAUAGUGAAAGUUCAUCUCAAUCUUUAGAAGCAUUAGAUCCAAAUAUAAAAUGGGAUUCUCAAUGGGCAUCUGAUUUGAAAUUAAAACAAAUAUCUGCAGUGUCAUUGGAUCCUAAUGGAAAUGUAGCGUUAUUCCAUAGAGGAGAACGAACUUGGGACCAAGAUACGUUUAACAAUAAAAAUAAAUUUGAUCCUAAUAAAGGCCCGAUAAAAGAAAAUACGAUCUUCCUUAUGGAUAAGACUGGGAAAGAAUUAUUACAAUGGGGUAAAAAUAUGUUUUACUUACCUCAUGGAUUGACGAUAGAUUUCAAUGGAAAUUAUUGGAUUACGGAUGUUGCCUUACAUCAAGUAUUGAAAUUCGAUGCUAGCGAUAUAGAGACACACUGGGAAGAUCUAAAAAGAGAACAAUAUGAUACAAAAUUAGUACAGGUUGACACUUAUGAUCGAAAUGCCUUAUUCAAACACAGUAUUAUAAAACCAUCUCUGGUUCUUGGAGAGGCCUUUGAACCUGGUAACGAUAAAACACGAUUUUGUAAGCCAACAGCAGUUGCUGUACAGUUAAAUGGAGAUUUCUUUGUUAGCGAUGGUUAUUGUAAUUCUAGAAUUAUUAAAUUUAACAAAAAAGGUGAACAAAUUUUAGUAUGGGGUCGUCAUUGGGGAGAAAGAGAAUUUAUGUACCAACAACCACCACCACAUAAUGCAUUCUUUGUACCGCAUGCAUUAGCUUUAGCAAAUGACCUAAAUUAUAUUUUUGUCGCUGAUAGAGAAAACGGUAGAGUUUCCUGCUUUUUUGCUAGUAAUGGCACAUUCCAUAAAGAGUACGCACAUCCUAGCAUUGGUACAAAGAUAUACAGCGUAGCAUAUGCACAAGAACGUAUUUAUUUGAUCAAUGGACCCGAUUUAUUUGAGAACAACGUGCAUAUACGUGGUUUUAUCGUAGAUAUCAAUUCUGGAAAUGUAUUAUCACAAUUUGCACCUACAGAAAAAUUAAGUAGACCACACGAUAUAGCUGUAAGCAAAGAUGGAUCAGAGAUUUACAUCGUAGACUUAGAUACAUCCAAGAUAUAUAAGUUUUUACAAAAAUCAACCAGUGCUACCGAAAUAGAAAAUUCUACGUAUUCAUCGAGUCAUCAUCAAACCGCACCAUUAACGGAUAUUAAUUCCGAAGAAACAUCCGAUUCAAAAACUACGAUGGCAACUUUAAUAUUCUCUCUUGUUACAACUACUCUUAUUUUUAUCGCAGUAUGCGUGAUUACUGCUGCUGUUAUAGUGAAGUGUCAAAAAAGAGGAUGUUUGUUAAUGAUGCGUAAAAAAAUGCAUUGGCAAGCAGAAAGAAGAGAAAAUUUUAAGCUUUCAAACUUACUUGAAAAACGAAGAGGCAAGGGAUUCAAAUUUUUCGAGAAACGGCCGAACAAACGAGACUUCAGUAAAUUAAACACCGAACCGGAAACUUCCGACGACGAGCGUCCUGAGAAUAAUAUAAACAUGAUGAUAUAAAUACUUCACGUUUAUCGAAUAAUAAGCAAGAAGAACAAUUUUCCUCGUAAAGUUACGUAUAUAAGAAAAUUGUUAAAAGAAAAGAAAAGAAAAGAAAAAAAAAGAAAAGGUAGACGUUCUUUGUAAAACGAUCGAACGUAACAAUAUCGACCGUUGGAAUAUUCGAACGAUCUACCAUUAUUUAAACAAAUUAAUCGAAAAUUUCCAAAUCUUAAAAUGAAUUGAAUUCCACGUAACGUCUAUAAUUUCUUAAUAAUGUCAAUACGUAUUAAUUAUGACGAUCGUUAGAUAAUCGACAAAUUAAUAUUUUUGAAGAAAGAAAAAAACAAAGAACUUACCUCGUCCGCGAAUCGUCAGGAAAAGAACGUGCUCGGUAAAGGUGGCGAUCGCAACGUCGCAAUUUUCCGUUACGAACGAGAAAGCGAAUCGAUAUAUCGAUAUAUUACUCAUACAGUUAAACAUUAUAUUACACGUAAAAGAUUUAUAGAACGAAAUCGAUUUGAACGUUUCGACGGUUAGUCAAUUGGUUAACCGCGUUACCGAACGGACGAUAGUUGCGUGUAUCGAACUUAAUUCGAAACUAAAGGAUAAAACUAAAAUUAAUAACAGACAUAUUUUACAAAUAAUUUAAUCGAUAAUGUGCAGUAACAAUGUGCUAAUAAUUGGAAAUUGUUGAACGGUACAAUGUGAAGUUAAGAUUGAUGGGUUAUGAUGAUAAGCUUCGAUCCCAGGUACGUUUUUUUCGACAUAUUUUUUUCUUCUUCUUUCUUUUUUCAUUUUUUUUCUUUCGUUAGUACGUUCCUUGAAAGGACUUUUUUAUAGACGGAAAAGAAAAAUGUUGAAUCGAUAUAAUUUAAGACGUGAUAUUUGAAGAUAGUCAAUAUUAUUUACAUAGGAAAUGUAUUAAGAUAUUAUGCAGAUGAUAUUUGAGAUAUCGAUGUCGUUAGGAUUUGUUAUAGAAAAGAAUAUGGCCAUUUUUUUAUUUCAUGACUAUAUAUACAUUUAUAUAUUAUGUAUAUAUAUGUAUAUAUGUAUGUGUAUAUAUAUGUAUAUGUAUAUGUAUAUAUAUGUAUAUAUAUGUGUAUAUGUAUGUAUAUAUAUAUAUAUAUAUAUAUAUAUAUAUAUAUAUCAAUAUUCCAAAAAAAUCAAUUAUUCGUAUCAAUGCAAUGAUCAUUGCAAAAUAUUUAAAGAAAGUGACCGUUAGAACGAAGCCAUUUUAUUUUUUUAUUCUCUUAUUAUACGAUCCUUUAAUAUAUGUUAAUAUCAUUGUCGAAUAUAACAAUUUUCACAUACGUAAAUCUUCUCAAGAAUUAAUUUAAUCGAUCGUAAAACGUUUAUUAUAGACAGAGAUACAUAUGUAUUUAUUGAAGAAAAAAAAGAAAAAAAGAGAAAAAAAAGAAAUAAUUCCAUCGUUCUUUUAAAAGCGUAACGACUUUUCGUUCGAGUCGACGAAAAUGAUCGAGUCGAUAAAACAGUAAAUUGUAAAUACGGUAGAUAACUAAUUAUCGACGUAAUAACUGUGGAUAAAAACGUUUAAAGCGAAACAUUUUAAAACGUGUUAAGAUCGUGUAAACGCGAUGGCGUUUCAAACGUAUUUCCUAAUACCCAAAUGGUAACGCUUGAAUUCCGAAUAUAUCGAAAAGAAAAAAAGAAAAUAAUAAUCUUAAAAGUAUAUAUUUUCACGACACUUUUUUCAAAUUGUUAUUCUCAAUCGUUUAAGAUAUUACCCUGUAAAACGUUUCACUAUUUUUAUCAAUACUCCGACGAGUCCGACUGUCGUAUUCGACGAUUUUACGAAAUAUUAUCGAUAAACUUAUUGGAUUCUUUUAUCCAAAGACAAAAUAUUUGAAAAAAAAAAAUGCAAAUAAUAUUUGCGAUCGUUGAUUGAAAGAUUUAAAAAAGAAAAAAGAAAAAAAAAUGAAAAGAAGCUAUGUCACACACAGAGAUACACAAUGGUAUAUUAUACAGUAUUAUACAGUGACAUAUCGUAUUUAAUGAUGCCAACGACGAUAAUAAUUGUUGAAUUCUCUAUUGUCGUUUUUGAUGACUGCUUGUUUAAGUGUAGCUAAUACACAGACACACACACACACACACACACACACACGAAAAUGUCGAUAUAAGUAAUUGGCUUUUCAAACUAUCAGCUACUUACUAAAUGAUGACUGCAUUAUAAGGGUUAACCGCGCUUCCAUAACUUCUUCAUAAUUGUUCCUCAUGAUCUAUCAAUAUAAUCAAUUUAACUAUUAUAAAAAAAGAAAAUAAAAAAAUAGAAGAAAAAAGAA